CUUUGCUAGACCUACGACAAGAAUACGAUACUCAACAAUGGCGACUCCUUUCAAGAUUCAGCUGGAACCCCAGAACUCGGGGCUGUUAGGGAUGAAGCUUGGCCAGAGUGAGGCCUCAAAGGCAACUGACCUGCUGCAGAAAGAUUUAGAAAAUCAUCAUGUCUUCUUCAAUGAAUCUGGUUUUCAUGACCAUAUUGUUCAUCAAGUCUUAACUUUGUACGGUACCGGCGCAACAACAAAGGAUCUAGACACAGCCUAUAAUGCCAACAAGGCAUAUCAACUUAAAGCCAUGAAACCAAAGUCCGAUGUCGUUGAUAAACUGGAACACGGUUCAGACUGGUCAGAAUAUCUUGGCAAAGGUCGAAACUAUGCUACAUUCUUUCGUUUCUUUCAGGAUGAAAUCGACAGAAUCGGAUGGCAGGACACACUCAAGGAGUAUCUCUUCAAAGACGAUGCACGAGGCCGCGAUAUGCAAAGCCGUCUAUUUGCCGGUAUCCUUCACCCACUUAUUCAGUUGCUGUAUGGCAUGGAGUGGUCACAGCCCAUGAUCAUCGCUUCAGCUCUUGCACAGACUGCCGUUCAUCGAGACGAUUAUAAAGAGUUUCUCACAGCCGCUGCUGAAAAGGCUCAAGCUUCCGACGCGCCACCGAAGAUGAAGACCAUCGGUGGCCUUUACGAAGAUGCUGUCAAGAAUGAGAAACUUCGAAAAAGCUCGCAUUGGGAUGAUUCCAAUCGGAUCUUUGAUGGUGUGUUUACGAGGGCGAAGGAUGAGAUGAUCACUUUGGCUGCGAGAGUGAGAAUUGGUGAGGAGGAGCUGGACGAAAAGAUUGCCGAGAUGGUGCAUCAUUCUGCUUUCGUUGCUUCAGCUGCUGCUUUUCAUCCACCUCAUGCUCCAAGAUUCGAAUUUAUUCUCAUGCAUCACAUAACAUCCACACCCUUCUUCCUUACACUGAAAGAACAGUCCUGGAUUCCAGUAUCAACCAAGGCGCGCUUCUUGGAGAACAAGGUCCGCAUGGAUCUCCUGCAGUACAUCGCUCGUGGCUCGCCAGCUCUUCGUAGCGAUUUGCUUCGUGGCUAUGAGCCUAAGGAUGGAGAAAAGCUGGUGGGUAAGCCAGAAGAUUUGUUCCCGAGGAUUCACAAGGUUGUGGAUGAUGGGCACACUGUCAAGUUAGCCAGGGCAUUGAUGCUGGCGCAAAGAAUUACAAAACCGUAUGAGAACAAGGAGUGGGUGAAGAUCAAGGGAGAUGACGAGUGGUUGAGGGCUGUGUACUUGUUGCUGGAUGCCAAUGAGGAAGCUGAUAGGCAGGGAGGUACUAUGUGGGUUAGAUCUUCCGGGUUCGAUGAAGCUUGGGAGGAGAUUCCCAAGGCUAAGAUGUAAGACAACCAGAAGGAAAGGCUUGUAUGAUAU